UCAUAUAGUCCAAUUGCAAUGUCAGUGACUCAGUGUUCUUGAGGAAAUGAAGAAAAACAUGGCUGGAUAAAGAAGGAAGGGGAGAAAGCGUCUAAAAUGGGAUUUUAGCGGCGCAUCUUCUUAUCCUUGAAGAAAUAUUGGAGCCCCACUUAAGAUAAUCUUCUAACCCCUAUAUAAGUCUGCUUGCUUAACAGCCAGAUGGCUACCAAAAUUUCUUCUUGCAAGGUUCUGUCCCAAAGAAAUUGCUUGCACAGAGGGGCAACUUGUGUGGGAUUGUUUAAUUUCAGAGGUAGCUCCGCUGUUAAAAUUGCAAAUAGAUUAACUUAUUGUACGCGUACAAGUGGUGUGCAUGAUCUACCAUCUUCGAAGCGAAGAUCUCGUGGACCAGUCAUGGCAGCAAAGAAAGGUUCUGGUGGUACAGAACAAGAUGGAAAGUACAAAGACACUGUAAAUUUGCCUAAGACAACUUUUGGUAUGAGGGCCAAUUCUGUAGUGAGGGAGCCUGAACUUCAGAAAUUGUGGGAAGAUAAUCAAGUUUUCAAGAGAGUUGCAGAGAGAAAUGAUGGGGGUACUUUCAUUCUUCAUGAUGGUCCACCAUAUGCUAAUGGUGAUUUACACAUUGGGCACGCUCUAAAUAAGAUUUUAAAGGAUAUAAUCAACAAAUAUAAGCUUCUUCAAAAUCACGAGGUUCAUUAUAUCCCUGGUUGGGAUUGUCAUGGCCUUCCAAUUGAGUUGAAAGUUUUGCAGUCAAUGAAUCAAGAAUCCAGGAAAGAGCUCACACCAUUAAAACUGCGAGCUAAGGCAGCCAAAUUCGCUAAAGAGACUGUUAAAAACCAGAUGGCUUCAUUUAAACGCUAUGGAGUCUGGGCAUCUUGGGAGAAGCCUUAUUUGACUCUUGAUCCUGCUUAUGAAGCUGCCCAAAUUGAAGUUUUUGGCCAGAUGGCCCUUAAGGAGUAUAUCUAUAGGGGCAGAAAACCCGUUCACUGGAGUCCCUCAUCACGAACAGCUUUGGCAGAGGCUGAAUUGGAAUACCCUGAAGGACAUGUUUCAAAGAGCAUAUAUGCCAGUUUUAGAGUGGUUGAAUUGUCUUCAACUUCUUAUAGCUUAUUAGAGGAAUUCCUUCCAGACUUGCGCUUGGCUAUAUGGACGACAACUCCAUGGACCAUUCCAGCCAAUGCAGCUGUUGCGGUAAAUGCGAAACUCAAUUAUUCCGUAGUUGAAUUACUCUUACCGGAAGAAGCUGUUUUAGUGUCUCCUUCAAAUGGAAAGAAAAGGUUCGGUCGCAUUUUGGGAGAAUUGAAGAAACCUUAUCUUUUAGUAGCCACAGAUCUUGUAGAAACCUUGGAAGAAAAAUGGGGAGUGAAGCUCCUUGUCAAGCGAACUUUUUUGGGGUCAGAUAUAGAGAACUGCAAAUAUUCUCAUCCAAUUGAUAAACGAGAAUGCCCAGUGGUGGUUGGAGGUGACUAUAUCACGACAGAGUCAGGAACUGGACUCGUACACACAGCUCCUGGUCAUGGCCAGGAGGAUUAUGUAACUGGCCUGAAAUAUAAGUUGCCUAUUUUAUCACCUGUGGAUGAUGACGGAAAGUUCACAGCAGAAGCUGGACAGUUCUGUGGGCUAGAUGUACUCGGGGAUGGCAAUGUGGCCGUUGUAAAUUACUUGGACGAAUGUUCAUCACUUGUGAUUGAAGAACCAUACAGGCACAAAUAUCCCUAUGAUUGGCGAACCAAAAAGCCUACUAUAUUCAGAGCCACUGAACAGUGGUUUGCAUCGGUAGAAGGGUUCCGACAGGCAGCUUUGGAUGCAAUUAGCAAGGUGAUGUGGAUCCCAGCUCAGGCAGAAAAUAGGAUAUGCACUAUGACCGUAAGCCGCUCUGACUGGUGUAUUUCUAGACAGAGAACAUGGGGCGUCCCAAUUCCUGUUUUCUACCAUAAAGUGUCAAAGGAACCUUUAAUGAAUCAAGAGACUAUUAAUCAUAUCAAGUCUAUUGUAUCUCAGAAGGGAAGUGAUGCUUGGUGGUACAUGACUGUUGAAGAAUUACUUCCUGAAAGUUAUCGUGAUAAAGCAUCGGAAUAUGAGAAGGGAUUCGAUACCAUGGAUGUUUGGUUUGACUCUGGCUCGUCUUGGGCUGCCGUUUUGCAGAAAAGAGAAGGUCUCAGCCUUCCUGCAGACUUGUAUCUUGAAGGGUCAGAUCAGCAUCGUGGGUGGUUUCAAAGUUCAUUGUUAACUAGUGUUGCAACUAGAGGAAUUGCUCCGUAUUCUGGUGUAAUAACACAUGGAUUUGUACUGGAUGAGAAGGGUUUAAAAAUGAGUAAGUCAGUGGGUAAUGUUGUAGAUCCUCGCAUUGUGAUUGAAGGUGGUAAAAACCAAAAGGAAUCACCAGCUUAUGGAGCAGAUGUCCUCAGACUUUGGGUGUCUAGUGUAGACUAUACAGGGGAUAUGUUGAUCGGAGGGCAGAUUCUUCGUCAAAUGUCUGACAUAUAUCGAAAGCUUCGUGGAACUCUGCGGUAUCUUCUGGGAAACCUGAACGAUUGGAAGGCAGAGAAUACUGUUUCUUACAACGAUCUGCCAAUGAUUGAUCGACAUGCACUCUUUCAGCUGGAAACUGUUGUCAAGAACAUUACCGAGAGUUAUGAUAAGUACCAAUUUUUCAAAAUAUUUCAGACUAUUCAACGGUUUGUGAUUGUUGAUCUCUCAAAUUUUUAUUUUGAUGUUGCUAAAGAUCGUCUGUAUACUGGGGGAUUGACGAGCUUUACAAGAAAAAGUUGCCAGACUGUUCUGGCAGCACAUCUUCUUUCAAUUGUGAGGGUAAUUGCUCCAAUAUUGCCACAUUUAGCUGAGGAUGUGUGGCAGAAUCUUCCGUUCCAGUUUUCUAAUGAUGAUGGCUCCAUUGCAAAAUUUGUUUUUGAGUCAAGUUGGCCAGCGUUAAACGAGCAGUGGCUUGCUUUUCCCGAUGAAGAAGUACAAUUCUGGUCUACAUUUCUGGAGUUGAGAACUGAGGUAAAUAAGGUACUGGAAUUAGCUCGAACUGAGAAGUUAAUUGGGUCGAGCUUAGAAGCAAAGGUUUAUAUUCACACCCCGGAUGCAAGCCUUUCCAACAGAUUACAUGAGAUGUGUGAAGCAGAGAUCGAUGCUGAUUCACUUCAUCAUCUCUUUAUUACCUCCCAGGCCGAGAUUAUUUCGUGUAUGGAGGACAUUCCUAGUGGGAAAAUACCAUACACAGGGGAGUAUGUUGUUCAAGGAAGUGAUAAAAAGGUCUGGAUUGGUGUGUCAAGAGCACAAGGCUCAAAAUGUGAAAGAUGCUGGAAUUACUCAACACAAGUUGGUUCCUUCACCGAGCAUCCGACUCUUUGUCCUCGCUGCUAUAACGUUGUAGGCGUUCAGCCGAUUCCUGAACUAGCUGCUGCCACUUGAAAAUUUGAAGAGGAUUGCUCGGUUUAUUUCUUGAGUAGCCAUUGUUUCUUGGGUGCGUUUUGCCUCAAAUAGAUUUUUUGUAGUUGCAAAGUAUUUAAUAGUUGGUAAUUGAUCUCACUCUACUGUGAUUAGAUGGUUAUAGUUUGGUUAUCAUAAAGCAACAGGUAUUGAACAUUUUGUACAGGAUGAUUUUAUACAAAGUAAUACUCAAUAAGUAUCAGGAAAAAAAUAUAUUCUGUAGUGGUGUUAUCUUA